UCCCUGCGCCUGGGGCCUUUGCUCCUUUCUCGGUCUCCCGCUCCCGCCCCGCUGCCCCUGUCGGCCUCCUGUGGCUCGUGGUGGAUCUGCCAGUGAAUUCUGCUUAGUUGACCUCCUUGUGGAUAUUGAUGUUUGUAAAUUCACUUCAGCUUUCAUGUUGCCCAGCAGGCUGCUGCCUUGGACACCUGCAAGCCAGAAGCCAGUUGAGCUGCCAGCUGCCUGUGCCAUGGAUCCCAAGAUCAGCAAUGGUGCACGCCUUCAGCAUGAGCACAUCACAGACUUGCUGGUGUUUGGCUUCCUCCAAAACUGCUGCAACUCUAAUUUCCACAAAGAGCUGAAGGCGUUGGGCCAUGACCUGCCUGUGCCAGCUUACCCGCGAGAAGAUUAUGAUGAUGAACUGCAGACGGAUGGUAACCGGUGCAGCCAUAUCGUCUUGGAAAGGGAGGAGACAGAGUCUGAGAAUCAAGAGGAAAUCAUCCAGAAUAUCGCCAGGCAGCUCGCCCAAAUAGGGGACAGGAUGGACUCCAGGAUCCCCCCAAGAGUGGUGAAUUACCUGGCAAUGGAAUUUAUGAAUGUGGACCUGUCAGAGGAAGACAGGAAGGAUUGCCUCUCUGCUGCGCUGGAGGAGGUCAUGAAGACUUAUCCUAAAGACAUGGAGAGGGAGAAGACCAUGCUGAUGUUGACCAUGCUGCUGGCCAAAAAGGUGGCCGAUCACACACCAUCCUUGCUCCGUGGUGUCUUUCACACAACAGUGAAUUUUAUUAACCAAAACCUGCUCACCUAUGUGAGAAACUUAUUGAGAAAUGUAAGAACCAGUGAUGUCAGCUCCUUGGCAUCUCACUAAAUCGUCUCGGUCUCUGCCUGUUCCCCAUAUCCAUUCCCCUCUGAGUUCUGGAAACCCAGCCGAGCCCUCUGCCACAGGGCUUCUUUUAUCCUUUCCUUCUGCUUCUGACGACCAAGCCACAGGAAUGCUGUUACAAACCUUUCUGCCCAGGUAGAAAGGCUUGGUUUUGCUUUUACAAGCAAGAAAGUUAUGUGGUAGGAGGUGGUAAUGAACACUGAAUGUCCUUUUGAGCUUUAUCAGCUUUAUGUUUAAGAUUGAAUUUUGUCAGCUUUACGUUUAAGAUGUGCUACUGUCAGCGGGUAAAGGCUUACUUCAUGCUAUUGGUAGAAUUGUAAUAGUGUGGUACAGACAUGGAGAGAAUGAAAGAAAGUGGCUCAGGGACCUAAGCUGAGCUCCCCUAGUCUGCUCUCAACUUUACCUUGUCACACAGAUGAGUAUAAUUAAAUUCUUUUAAAACAUGCUUACCAAGGAUGAUGGUAGAGACACCAAAAGGAGAGAUUUAAAAAGUAGGGAAAACUAUCUAAAACCUGCCCCAGAAAAACAUCUGUCCCAUAACCAGGGUGUUAAAAGUCACAGUUCUUCAUAAUGCUGCCCAAGAAGGCCAGAUGGUCCUGAAAGCCUGGCGCUUCGGUUUCAUAGACCUAACUGAAGUUUCAGUGGAUGUGUCUUUUCUGUAAAUUUUCUGCGAAAUAUUAGUGAAUAUUUGGGAUUUUGUGUCAGAAGCAUCACUCGGGCAUCUGAUGUGGUAUUUACUGAUGAGCCUUAAAAGCAUUCUCUAUCUCCUGUGGUCUUCAGUUAUACAGAUAUUUUAAAACAGAAUGAAUGUAAAUCUCAACUCAGGUAUUAAACAAGCUUAGUUGUUGGAAGGAGGUAAGCCUGAGAAAGGUUCUGGACAGCGUUUACCAACAAUGACCUGAUGGGGGAGUAAGUGAGCAAGAUGUCAAAAGCAGUCUUGUACUAACUAAUAGCUUACUAAACACCGAAGGGCUCAAACAAUCUUGACUCCCCGGACCCACUAAGACGCGUCUUGGCACUGUAAGUGAUCUCGUAGAUGCGAAUAUCCAGAUCUCAGCACCUUGAAAGCCUGUUUUAUGUAGUUGCUCUGCAAAAAACUUUGGUGCAACAAGUAGCAGGCAGGAUGUAAAGAUGACAAGGCUCCAGAGAAGGCGAUUCUAUACAAACCCCAGCUUCACUUCUGUUGAUUAGGGCACUAGAGUUCUUGACUGAAUUCUGGUUUGCAAAUUAGACUGGCAGAUUUAGACCUUAGACCUUAGAAAAUGAUCAUCAAUAAAGCAGUUGCAUCUAUUAAAUUAGAGGUGUGGAGCACCAACAACUUAAUGGAAGUUCAAAGAACCCAAAUCUAGGGAGAUGACAAUAGUAAAAACAUAACUGGAUUUUACUUAUUUUUAAUUUGCAUUUCUUUUAUUACUAGCGAAGUUAGGCAUCUUCUUGUAUAGUUGAGAACUAUUUACAUUUGUGGGACUUAUCUGUUAUUAUCCGUCCCGACGUGGCUUCUCCUGUAUGUCCUUAGUUGUAGGACUUCUGUUCAGCUAAACUUCAAGUGAUUCUCAGUGAUGGUUGUUCUGUAGUUUAGCUGUAAUCUUGAUGUGGUCAUGAGAGGAGGCAAACACUGUAUCUGCCUACUCCGCCAUCUUGACCCGAUGCUCCAAAACAUAACAAGAUUUUAAAUGUGCUAAAUAUAUGCUAAAGGUUUUGUUUUGAUUGGAUGAGGGGUAUAGAUUCUAACAUCCUUGAAGUAAAUCAGAACAUCAAAAUUUUAGUUGUAGCAGAGACUUCUAGAUACCCCCCAAUAUCUGCCCUCCCCAUCUGUUAUAGUAGGGUUUGUAGCUAGGUAUAUGGCCUCUUGGCUUGUCUACGUGUCCCAGGCUCCCUCAUAAGCCAGAUGUGACCUAUCACUUCUGAUGAAAGGGAAGCAGAAAGAAGUGAUGUAUGUAUCUUCUGCACUGUGUCCCUAAACAGGAACAUUUGCUCUACUUGCCCCUUGCCUUGCCCAUGGGCUGAAAUGUGGCUGAGGAUGUGGGUGUAGGUGAAGGCAACACCUUAGUGUCAAGGACCAAUAAGAUAGGCUCCUGGGUCCCAAGACUGUGGUGUUGACUGCUCACGUGUAAUUAGAGAAAUGAACUAUCUUGUAUAAGUCAUAUUUAGAUGAUCUGUCGUAGAAAUUGAAUGUACAUUCUAAUAAAUGCAAUGUAUGUUUGUUAAAAAUGAAGAAUAUAGAAUCAUUUACAAA